CAAGUUCCCUUUUCCCCGUUCCAUCCCCUCCCUCUAAGUCUUCGCCCUUCCGCUUCUCUUUCAUUACCAGCGUUCUUCCUCACCCCCCAAAAGACCCUGUCCAUCAUCUUUAUCUCUCUGCCUCUCCGCUUUAGAACGGCGAAUUCUUAGAACCCAAGCUUUCCCGGUGUGGCACCGAUCCAUAGUGGAACUUGCUUACCAUCCCGUUUUCAGUCUGAUCCGCCGAGCGCUGAACCCUCCUUCGCCAUGACGAACUUGAAGGAGCUGCGCAUUCAACCGCGCAUGUACAAGAAGCCACCGUUCUCGGUGGAAGUUCCCGGAGUCGAAGCCGUCGAAGGAGAGACCAUCCCCCGCCGACUGCCUCUCGCCAAAGAUGGCCUGCUCGAACGCCCGGCUGAUGAUGCCAGCACCACCUACGAGAUCUUCCGUCGCUCUGCGAGGCUGUACGGAAACUCAAAGGCUGUUGGUACCCGCCGCCUGAUCAAGACCCACGUGGAGAAGAAGAAGGUGAAGAAGAUCGUGGACGGUGUUGAGAAGGAGGUCGAAAAGGAGUGGACGUACUUCGAAAUGAGCGGGUAUACCUUCCUCAGCUUCACCGAAUACGAGAAGCUGGCGCUUGAGCUUGGUUGUGGAUUGCGGAAACUUGGUUUGGAGAAGCCGGAUAAGAUCCAUCUCUACGGCGCAACAAGUGCAAAUUGGCUGGCCAUGUCACACGGUGCCGCAUCUCAGUCGCUGACGGUCGUUACUGCGUAUGACACUCUGGGUGAGGAAGGGCUGAAACACUCAUUGGCUCAAACGUCCAGUCUCGCCAUCUUCUGCGACCCUGGUCUCAUCCCUUCCGUGGCCCACGUGCUGAAGGACGUGAAGUCGAUCAAGCAUGUUAUCUAUAACACCGACCAUGAGGUCAAGAAAGAGGACCUGGACAAACUCAAGGCGGAAUACGAUUAUCUGAAUGUGAUCAGCAUCGAGGAACUGCGCAAGCUGGGCGAGGAGAACCCCGUGGAUCCAGUGCCCCCCAGUCGCGAGGAUCUCUGCUGUAUCAUGUACACUUCGGGCUCGACCGGACCCCCCAAGGGUGUUUCUCUGACUCAGGCUAACGUCGUCUCCGCAUGUGCGGGUAUCCACGCGAUCGUUGGACCCUACAUCGGACCCUCCGAUUCGCUUCUGACGUAUCUUCCACAGGCCCAUAUUCUCGAAUUCAUGUUCGAAAACCUUUGUCUCUUCUGGGGCGGCACUAUGGGCUACGGAAACCCUCGCACUCUCUCGGACACCUCGAUGCGCAACUGCAAGGGAGAUAUUCGCGAAUUGAAGCCUACGAUUCUGGUCGGCGUGCCAGCCGUGUGGGAGUCGGUCAAGAAGGGUGUCCUCAACAAUCUGAACAAGAACAACGUCCUAGUCAGGAGCUUGUUCUGGGGCGCUAUGUCUGCCAAGAACUUCCUCAUGACCGCUGGCUUCCCCGGUGUUGAUAUGGGAGCCGGAAUCCUUGAUGCCAUCGUUUUCCGCAAGCUCAAAGAGGCAACCGGUGGCCGCCUGCGCAUUAUGAUGAACGGUGGUGGACCGGUCUCGAAAGAUACCCAGAAGUUCUUGUCCAUGGCUAUUGCCCCCAUGAUUAGUGGCUAUGGAUUGACGGAAACGUCGGCAAUGGGUGCGCUGAACGAUCCUUUGGCAUGGAACCCGGAUGCCUUGGGCGAAAUCCCGGGAUCGAUCGAAAUGAAACUCGUGGACUUCCCCGACGCCGGUUACUUGACCAAGAAUACCCCUCCCCAGGGAGAGAUUUACAUUCGUGGACCUAGUGUUAGCAGCUGCUAUUGGGAGAACGAGGAAGAGACCAAGGAAGCAUUCACUGAAGACAGGUGGUUCAAGACUGGCGAUAUUGGCGAGUUCGACACGCACGGCCACAUUAAGAUCAUUGACCGCAAAAAGAACUUGGUCAAGACGCUCAACGGCGAAUACAUUGCCUUGGAGAAGCUCGAAUCUAUCUACCGCUCGUCUCCUGUGGUCGGCAAUAUCUGUGUCUAUGCCGCCCAGGAUCAAGACAAGCCAGUCGCCAUCAUCGUACCCCUUGAGCCCGCCUUGAAGAAGAUCGCCAAGGACAAUGGUAUCGAGGGUGAAAACUUGGAGACUUUGGCGCACAAUGAGAAGUUGAAGGCUAUCGUCCUCAAGCAGCUCCAGGCUGCUGGCAGGGCAGGCGGCUUGAAGGGCAUUGAAAUUAUCAACGGAGUUGUUCUCUCUGAUGAGGAGUGGACUCCUCAGAACGGCUACAUGACCGCCGCUCAGAAACUCCAGCGCAAGAAAAUCCUCAACCGCUUUCAGGCCGACGUUGACCGUGCAUACGGCAAGAAAUAGAGAGACUACAUAAGCCAUUUUCUUUGAACUUUCUUUCUUAUGUGCUUUUCUUUUUUUUCCUCUUUUGUACUUCUUGAA